AUGAAUGAAUAAUUAUAUAGGAUGGAAAAAGAGAAAAAUAACCGAUGUAGGUUAUUACAUAAAGUUUAUGCUUAAAAAUAGAAGCCUCCCUUCAAUAACAUGAGUUUCCAAAUUCGAGUUUAAAAUAUGUUAAAGCAAAUUCAAUAUGCAUAAAACGAAAGAGUGCGCUGCCAAAGCGAGUUUGUAAAUAAAUUCCCUUCUAUUCUAAAACUGAACCCACUUUCCAGACCUUAAAAUAUAGUCCCAUUAAAUUUGAGACUAAACACCAUUCGCACCUCCUCUAGACAAAGCAAUUUAAUUAUAGAUGGAACUACUAAAAAGAGCUAAGAAAAAAGAUUUUAAUAGGCAAGCUUAGAAUCAAAUCUGAGACAAUCUUCGAGUCCUUUGAGAUCUGAUAUCAAGAAUAAAACCUCAAUCUAAACAUUAGUUCUAAAAGAUAUACUACUUGUAAAAGAACAGCAUACUAAACUUGAUUAGCAAACACAAGUAGAAUAUAAUUUGAUUGAAAAUAUAUCGAGCUGGUCGAGAAAGUCUUCCGAAAGCAUCUUUUGA